AUGUCGUCGUCGUCGUCGUCGUCGUCGUCGUCUUCGGUAUGCCAAGGGAUCCAGUCUUUCGUGGAACCACGGCAGAUUCACCCUUCGAAGACCAAACCAGAGAUCCAUAAAUGUGUCCGGCCAUCCCGCACACACCAAGAUCCUGUUAUGGUUGAGAAAGGAAACGAGAAGGAGAUGGAUGGUGGUAGCGGUGGAAGUGAGGGAGGGUGGAGUUCCAUCUACUCUCUUUCUACUCCCUCACAAUCUCUUCUCGGGGCCAUGGGCAAGUCAUUCUCCACCACCAAAUCUUCUUCUCCACUUCCAGCAACCAUUUUCACGAAGCGAUCGACGUCCGGGAAGAAGAAUUGGGCAAUGUGCACGGAGAAUUUAGGCUGCGAGACCGGCGCGGUCUACGCUGCUGCUGACGACUUCGACGGCGAUGCUGAGAACCGUCCCACCGGACGUCCAACUGGAGGGAUGGUGGGGAAGAGGAGCAGGAGAGGAAGCAUGGGGGCUGGGUUUCCUCCGCCACUGACCACGCUGUCGGGGGAAUCACGGCUUCGUAUUCUGAGCAAGAGGGAGAAUGGCAGGCUGCUGCUGCUGCCUGUCAAGCCUUCUGUCAUGGAAGCCGAGAGGGCCGACGGCCGACUUCGUCUUCGUUUAUACUCUGACAAGCCGUUCCACUCGAAUGACAAGAAAGUAGAAGAGUUGGAGGAAGAGGAAGGGAGGAGAUGGGGAUUGGGAAAUAUAGAAGGCCUGGUAGGUGUAAAGAAGAGGAGGGUGGCGGGCACAGGAGGGGAUCGAGCCGGGGACAGCCGAUGCUCAACUGGGAGGCAGAGGCGUUCUGGGUCGCCACCUCCUGAAAGUUUCCGGCGUUUCCAAGGAGAGGAAGAGCUUCUCACAGUGCUUUCAGGACGCGCGUAG